UUAGCCAUCUGAUCGUAGAUAGAAAGUGAUGAUUCCAAUUUCUAGAAUCAGCAGUUAGUGGAUGGUAAUUCAGAGGUCUGAGUGACUCAGACAGAGAUUGUCAUCUGCGCGCUAGUUUGAAAUUGGUGAUUGAUAGUUGUAGCAUAUACCAUGCCAGUGAAUGGAAGCAACCGUCCACCUUGGCUAAAGGAUAGAGUUGAGACAGUGAAUAAGAACGUUCCUCCGGCGUGGGCGCGGAAAAAUUCGGACACCCCCGGUACCGGUCCUAAAGAUUUCAAAUCUACUAGCAAAGCGGAAAACAGCGACAGCAAAACGGCUCCGAUAGUGAAGAAACCUUCAACUGCUGCUACGGCGACUGCAGCAGCUAAGGAGAAUGGAGAACCGCCAAAGACCUCCAAGCUUCAAUCCCGAGAGAUCAAAGUUCCUGUCGUGGUGCAGCAGAAAAAGCCUGUCCAGCCUCCCCUGACCAAACCGGAACCAAUGAUCAAGAAUACUACCCCUCAGAUGACGGUCCUUCGGGAACCCGCCAAGUCCAAACCGAAACCCAAAGAACCUUCACCUUCGGAAUCCGAAGAAGAAGAAGAAGAAGAGGAGGAGGAGGAAGAAGAAGAUGAACAAGAGGAGGAGGAAGAGGAAGAGGGUAGCACGGAAUACGAAACGGAGACAGAUUCCGAGGAGGAGUCUCCUCCACCACCACCAGUGAAAAAGCCGGAACCAAAGCGGGAGCCCUCUCCCCAAAAGCCUAAACUUCCCGUCCCAUUGAAGAAAGUCUCCAAGAGUCCGGAGAAGACCGACACCGAGAGCAAAUCGUCCAAAUCGGAGAAAUCUUCGUCUCCCGAGCCGAAGACGUUCGUCAAACCGCCGCUCAAGAAGGUGAUCCGACCGCAGCAGGAUGAGCGCAAGGAACGAUCCCAAUCGCCGGAGCCCAAGGGAUUCCGGGUGCAGUUGCGCAAGGUGCCGUCCAAUCUGAAGGCGCCACGCCUCAAAGAAAAGCUACCGGAAGUGCAGCUGAAGCGCGUGGAGAAACCGUUGCUCGAGGAGAAACCCAAGAAGGAGGAGGCAUACCCGCACAAGCCGUCGAUGCUGAAAUCGGAGAGCAGUAAACGAAUUCCACCGCCACCACCUCCACCGAUGCCCAAAUCGAACAUCCCACCACCGCCACCGCCGCCUCCCAAGCUGGGACCCCCACCGGACUUCAAAAAGGAAGAAGUAUCCGACAAACACAAAGAAGUGAUCGAGAAAUUGAAAAAGCGACCGCGCAGAAGGCCGGACUGGUCCGACAUGAUGAAGGAGGUGGAGCAGGGUAAAAAGCUGCGUCACGUUGAAUGCAAUGAUAGAUCGAAACCGAUCGUUCACUGCAAGUCCAUCACCAAAGUCAAGGAUCAAUUUAUUUUCGAAACAGAGAAAGCAACGGCCCACAACGUGCUCCUGAAGGAAAUUCAAAGUGGCGUCAGGCUGAAACCGACCAAGUGCAAUGACCGCAGUAAACCCAUUCUGGAAGGCCUUCGCAAGUUCCGUCGACAGAUGACGCUGGAGGAGCAACUGGCCAAGUCGGAGUCGCGAGCCAACCUGGAAGCACCGCCACCAGAGGAGGAAGAAGUCGACGAAAUGGACGACAUUGAUAAGGUUCGGGAUGACUUGCAGAGUACAAAGCAACUGUUGGCGAUGGAGUUGCGCAACAACGAAGCGCUGGAGCGCGAGAACAAACGUCUACUGCAGCGGGUACAAAAUCUCGAAGCGGAGCUUUCCCGAGAGCGAUGGAAUCCACUCAGCGGUGAGGAGAAGAGUUCCAUUGCCGGACCGGAUGCUGAGCUUAUACAUUCGCUCAAGAAGGAAGCAGUCGAGGCGCAGCAGCAAUCCAAGCAGCUGGAGGAGAAAUAUCAAACGGUGGCCAAGGAACUGGACACAGCCAGCAAGCAGAAUGAAGAGCAAAAGCGAAAGAUUGCUGAAUUGGAGAAGAAACUCCAGGUAAGGUUGAACGACGUUGAACAUUUUGAUAGUGCACGAUCUAUCACUUCAUUCAUUCCGUUUGGAAGCCGUAAUUUUAGACUAUAACUCUGCGCUUUAAUG